AUGAAAAUGUUGAUGCCUACAGCCGCCCUGCCGACAGCAGGAGAAGGUGGUAGUAUAUUAGGCAAUACCGAAGGACUCAUAUCGGGUUUGGCAGCUUUAAAUUCGGCUGCUAACACUCCCGGAGGUAUACAACAAAAGGAUACAACAUGGACGAAAUUAUUUGUCGGUGGUCUACCUUAUCACACGACAGAUAAAAGUCUUAGAGAACAUUUUUCGGUUUAUGGUGACAUCGAAGAAGCUGUCGUCAUAACCGAUAGGCAAACUUCUAAAUCUAGAGGCUACGGUUUUCUGAGACUCUCCAUAGUAUGUGGAAAGGUUACGGUUGAAAGAAUGAAUGUGCAGAUGCAUCCGUUGCUUUUAUAA